CUCGUCACACACGCCCACCACUCGCCUCCCGUGUUUAUCCCGCAGCUUUACCGGGACAGCCCGACACGCCGCUCCUCCGGUCUGCACAGAGACUCUUUAACUCUUUACCGUAAACCUGCAGCUUCCGGUGUUCUUCGAGUCUCCCUGCUGGUCCCGUCAUGAGUCUCCGGGUUGUCCUCUGCGUGAUGGCGAUGCUCGUCUGCCCGCGUGUGGCCGCCGGGUCCCGGGUCGCCAUCGGCUGCUCGGACAAGUGCGACAAGGCGAAGUGCGCGCCGGUCCCCGCCGCCUGCCUGGCCGGCGACGUGCUGGACCGCUGCGACUGCUGCCCGGUGUGCGCGUCCGGCGAGGGCGAACAGUGCGGCGGCACCGGAGACCGCGAGUGCGCCGAGGGGAUGGAGUGCACGGUGACCGACGGCGUGGAGGUGUCCGCCACCGUGAGGCGCAGGGGGAAAGCCGGCCUGUGCUCGUGCCCCAGCUCCGACCCGGUGUGCGGCAGCGACGGGGUCUCGUACCGGGACAUCUGCGAGCUGAAGCGCGUCAGGAACCGGGCGAUGAAGCUGCAGCAGCCGCCGGUGAUCUUCAUCCAGAGAGGAUCCUGCGGGAAAGGUCAGCAGAACCACGACGGUCUUCGUUUCAAGUACAACUUCAUCGCCGACGUGGUGGAGCAGAUCGCGCCUGCUGUCGUCCAUAUUGAACUUUACCGCAGGAUGAUCUUCUCCAAGCGGGAGGUGGCGGUGGCCAGCGGCUCCGGGUUCGUGGUGUCUGAAGACGGCCUCAUCGUCACCAACGCCCACGUGGUGGCCAACAAGCACCGAGUCAAGGUGGAGCUGAAGAACGGAGCGACGUUCGACGCCAAGAUCAAAGACGUGGACGAGAAGGCCGACAUCGCUCUGAUCCAGAUCGACGCUCCGAUGAAGCUGCCGGUGCUGCUGCUCGGCCGCUCGGCGGACCUGCGUGCCGGUGAGUUCGUGGUGGCCAUCGGCAGCCCGUUCUCCCUGCAGAACACCGUCACCACCGGCAUCGUCAGCACCACCCAGAGGGGAGGCAAGGAGCUGGGCCUCCUCGACUCGGACAUGGACUACAUCCAGACAGACGCCAUCAUCAACUACGGCAACUCAGGAGGACCACUAGUCAAUCUGGACGGAGAGGUCAUCGGCAUCAACACCCUGAAGGUCGCAGCAGGGAUCUCCUUCGCCAUCCCCUCAGACAAGAUCAGGCAGUUCCUGGCCGAGUGCCACGACCGACGCUCCAAAGGUAAAAUAUUCCAGAAGAAGAAAUACAUCGGCGUCAGGAUGAUGAGCCUCACUUCAGCGCUGGCUAAGGAGCUGAAGGAGAGGCAGCCCGACUUCUCGGACAUCUCCUCCGGGGCCUACGUCAUUGAGGUCAUCAGCCGGACUCCGGCCCAGGCAGCCGGCCUGCAGGAGAAAGACGUCAUCGUCAGCAUCAAUGGCGAGCAGAUCGCCUCGGCCAGUGACGUCAGCGCGGCCAUAAAGCGGAACGACACGCUGCGAACGUUGGUGAGGCGGGGCAACGAGGACGUCCUCGUCACCAUCGUGCCCGAGGAAAUCGAACCUUGACCUCUCAGACGACGACCCGACCGGGUCAACCAAUCCUGAGCCCUCUCUCUUGAACACUUUGAAAGACCAAGCCACCAAUAGGGUGGCGUGCCUCUGGGGCCACACCUCCUGCGUGUACGAACACGCGCUCACACUUCAUCAGUGUUUCUUCUCAUUUACUUUCCAUCAUCACCUUUUAUAUUCACCACCUGUCGCUACGGCGAUUUAAACUGCAGGUUUCCGUAGUUCUGUUUUGUUGUGUCUGUUCUUGAUGGGAUUUUAUUUGUGUUUUUAUUUUGUGUGUUUGAUGCCAAUUUUUCAA